GGUUGUGUCGCGCCGCCCGUCCGCCUAUUCCCAGUGUAGUAUGGCAUAACAACUUUAAGUUCCUUUUAAUCACCUUUCUGGUGCAUUUACAGUCGAUUCAUAUCUCCCCAUAUCAUCAAAGCAUUGAUGAUCAGGUCGCUAUCACACGUAAAUAAAGAGAAAUUCCCGAGAAAAUGUGAAGCCCCGUCGACCUAUGUGGACACAACACUUGGCAUUGGAUCCUGUCAUGAACGAGAGGCUUUCCUAACCCACCACGCCCACAAACAGAGACCAAGCCACUCCUACACCCGUAGACACUCCCCCGAGAUCCCAGCAGCACCACGCCCAUCGUUACCGGGGUCGGCAGGGAGCGCACGCCCACACGCCCUCUCGUCAGCAUACAAG